AAAAAAAAAAAAAAAACUCAGUUGCUUUUAUGAUUUCAUUUAAAUCAUAGAAAGCUUUACCACAGCACUCACUUAUCUUUCAAGCUUAUUUUUUCCUAUUUAACUCCCAGUUCUGGCUGUUUUGGUCAUCAGCUCAUUUUAUAUCCCCUUUGCUCCAAGUGUCUUCUUUCGGUUUCUCGUCAUAGCACAAAUAUGCAUUGUAUUUCCUUCUGCUAAAGCACUUCUUUUCUUUUUGGGUGUAGCUUAAAGUGUUGCGGGAACACAGCAGUGUAAGAAAAGCAGACAUCAGAUUUCAUGACAUCCAGUUCCACAGUAAAACUUUUAUGCAGUUCUCUUCUUUUAUAUUCAUACAGUACUUUGUGCAUGAUUACCUUGCUAAUGUUUUAAAGACCGGUAAAACCGGUGACACCACCUGUUCUUUAUACCACACCUCCUUGCUUAUUUUUUUGGAUAUCUACCCACACCCAUUAACACAAAAUAUAACUAGGAGGCUUCCUUUAUUUGUUGUUCGACAGAAGCUUGUACUGAGACACAACACAUUCUGUCAUAAAAUUAAAUGCGAAAUGGCGAAGGGGGCCCCGAAGAACCAGGACCCUUUCAGCUGUCCCAUCUGUUUGGACUCACUCGAGGAUCCGGUAACUAUUCCGUGUGGACAUAACUACUGCAUGGCUUGCAUUGACGAUUACUGGAAGGAGGACAAGCGCUCCGCAUCGUACAGCUGCCCCGAGUGCAAGGAGACCUUUACACCGAGGCCUGCUCUUAACAAGAACCUCAUGUUUGCUGAGAUGGUAGAGCAAUUAAAAAAUGCAAGACUGCAAGACAACUCACCUCGCAACCCCGGACCUGCAAGCACACAUUGUAGCAUGUGCACUGGACGAAAAAGGCAAGCUGUCAAAUUCUGCCCAGAUUGUGUCGAGUCAGACUCUGGGGCUCAUACGGUUCGGUAUAAGGAAGCUAACGUUGGAGAGAAACACACUAUAGUGAUCAUAAACAAAGAGCCUCGAAUGGAUAUCUGUCUCCUACACAACCUCGCCCUGGAUAUCUAUUGUCGAACCGACCGGCAACUGAUCUGUUCGCUUUGCUUCGCCGAAAGCCACAGAAAUCAUGAUGCGGUUUCUCUCGCACCAAUAAGUACAAAAGGGCAGGAGAGUAAAAGUUCUCAUAAGGAUACACAGCAUGGAAACAAGCAUGGAAGGAGGAAAUGCCAAAGAAGCAGACAUGAGAGUGGGCAUGGGAGUAGACACCGAAGCAGCUCCAGGAACACCUUGCAUUUAAACGGCAGUCAUGAAGUGACACAAGGGAGUAACAUGAUCAGGCAUGGACAAGUUGUAGGAGGUGGACAUAUCACGAGCACACACAGGAAAAGACAUGGAAGCUGGCACAUGAGCAGCAGGCAUGAGAGACAGCAACACUAAUGUUACUGCAUUAUGUGGAAAAUGGUGGAGUAUUUCAUGUCAGAGGAAGGUCAAAUAUUAGGAAUGAAGGAAGUAUUUAAUACUGCAUUUCCUUAUUUAACCUGCAGAUACUAUGUUGCAUUGUUUUUUACUUUAAGUACAAUUGGCAUAUUUAAUGUUUAGUAUGAAUUGUUCACAAGUUCUGAAGAUUUCUCAAAAAAACAAAAACACAUUUCAUUUUCAUUUCAUAUGCAUGUGAGCUUAUCUUCUUGUGACUUUCAAACCAUAACCAGUGGUUUACUUUGUGAUUACACCUUAGAAAGUUUUCAAUCCUUUUCACUCGAUCCACAACAUUAAGCUACGUACUGCUACAGUUAGGCCUAAUUACCUAUAUUUUUUUGGGUCAAUGCAGAACUAUAUACAGUGUGUAACUAUAUUAUAUAGCUGAAUAUAAGCAUUUCACCAUGACUGUGUACAGUAUGUUUGCUUACAAAAAUUGUAAUGUGUGCAAACAAGUUCCACACCCUUCAUGCUAAAGCACAAAACCACAUAAUGUAUAUAUAAAUAGUGAGCCAAUUAAAAUUCUACUUGUUAAACUUUCUUCAAUCUGCCUCCUUGGUCAAAAGUUUCUUCCAAGUAUUUCACGGUUUUUAACAGUGUCUCUAAAGACAGGUCUUUUUAGCCCCUUGUUCAACCUCAAUAAAAGGCCUCUCUCCUUCAA